AGGAUAAUACAACCCUAUACAACCUUUGCCUGGUCUCGCGAUAUUUCCGUCCCUUUGCCCAAGAGAUCUUACAUCAUUCGUUUGAUCCUUAUUACACCAGUUGCGAUGCCCCUAAUCCGUGGGAGCGACGGCUUGAGCCAUUUCUUCAGACCAUCGCCUCUCGGCCGGACUUGGCUCGCUCUGUCAAAACUGUCUUUCUGAAAGUCCGCUUGGUUGAAUCACUUGACUUUGAUCAAAGCCGAAAAGUUUUCGAUACUUGUGCACGCACCUUUGGAAGUAGUGCCCAGGAUGUCUCUGACAAACGUCACGAUGCUCGCUCGUCUACCAUAAAACGAGCGUUUUUUUCGAGGGACACGUCCACCUAAAAACAUGAGGUCGCGGGACUUUGUUGCCACUGCCGCAGGCCAACUUCUGUCUAUUCUGGUGUCUAUCCUCCCGAAUCUGGAUCACAUUGGUAUUGAGGAAGAUCGUCGUUGGCAACUCGAUGUGUCACCUGUUACUCUCGGCGUCCUGGGUAUCAAAUCUAUUCCGCUCAAGGUACUUGAGACCGAUUAUUCUCUCCCAAACUUACUUGCUCGGACACCGGAGCUUGAGAUCUUGGGGUCAAUGGAAGAACGGUAG